AUACCAUAGCUAUCUACGUCGUUCGUCAACGUCGAACGAAUUGAACAACAGAACACCUCCAAAACACGAAAGUUUGCAAGGCUCUGUCUGCUCUCUGCCAAGAUUGAAUGAUCAUCAAGAGAUUUAAGACAUGUGAGAGAGGAACUUUGUGUGUGUGUGUAACCAGGAGACGAUGAGAUGGAGAGGUCUUACGAUGAAGACAUCACAGAGAACCGCUUCUUUACAACUCUUCAGAAUAAACACAAGCAUUUGUAUCAACAAGCAACUCAACAGAGAUUUAUGAUAUGUGUCCCAAGAACUGGUGUAUUUACCAGGAUAUCAUUAAGCCAGAAUGACUUUGAAAAUCACAUCUUAAGACAAGAAGAUGAACAACUCAGCAUCUAUGAAACGCUCAAUAAAAAGAAAGCAAAAGUAACUGGCAUAGCUAUUACAACUGGAGAGGGAUUUAAAGAGUCUAGAUCUGUUCACAUCUUGUUUGACGAGACAUUUUACAAUGCCAACGAGGAGAGCUUUAGAGUGCUCUGUAUUGACAGACUGCUGGAAGGAGGAACAAAUAACAUUGAAGAUCCAGUGCUCACCUGCCUCGAGACCUAUGAAGAUUGCUGUGAAUUUCUUUGGGGGAACAAACACAGCAAGACAUCGCAGAAGAAAGUAGACGACCUCAUGGAGCACUUCUGCAGCACAUCCCAGAAAGCCGAUACCCUGAGACAGAUCAUAGAUGCUACCAGUACACUCUUCACCAAAUGCAUCCAGAUCGCUCUUAAAGAUGUGGUCCUGCGUACAAUGCAGAAGAAUGCAGGCCACAUGGAUAACCUUAAGAUCGCCAUGGAAACCUACAUCAUGAAUGGAAUUUACACCAAGGUUUUCAAGGCUGUCAGUCAGUUCUAUGCAGUAGAGGAUGCCAAUCUGAACAAGAUAACCCGGAACCUGUCUGAGCUACAGGUGAAGGAUGUCGGUGUGAGGUUAGAGUUCACCACGAAUGUUCCAAGGGCUCGCAGAGAGAUGUCGACCAUUAAUAAGUUCAGCACCCCACUCUGCAAGAUGCAAUGUCUGAGGAAAACGGUUCUUGCUAUAACACAGCAGGGAUUCAGAGGAAAGAUCAACGAUAGUGCUCGGGCGAUGUCUUCAGAUGACCUCCUGCCUCUACUCGUCUUCUUAGUGGUCAAAUCAGACAUCCCAAACUGGCUUGCUAACCUUUCCUACAUGCAGAACUUCUGUCUCUCAAAUUUUGCAGGUGGAGAAUUUGGAUUCUACAUGGCAUCGAUCGAAGCAGCAGUAGAGCAUGUGAAGUCCGGUGCCAUGAGUAACUCCACCCCGGCCACACCCAUCUCCAUAGACCAUUCUCGCUUCUCCUUGCCCCCGUCCUCCCCCUCCAAGUCUGGCUCUGAGCCUCUGUGGCAGAAGAUAGACGCCUCUGACCAUGAGAAUACUCCAGCUGUAGAUAUCUUAUUCCAGCGAGUGAUGGAGGGAAACAAGAAUGAAGUUGAAGCUAUGUUAGAAGCGAGCAGUACAGAUUACAGUUGGCUUAUCAGCAAGAUGUGUCAUCCACUAUGUUCUUGUGACAGCUGUGAACAGAUCCUUGCAAGUAAGCGAAACGACCCAAGAGCAGUUUCAGCAUCAUCGAGAGACAACAGGGGUUGCACUCCUAUGCAUGCGGCAGCUGCUUAUGGUCACCCUGAAGUGAUCAGUACCUUGAUGAGACGAGGUGGUGAAGUGAACGUAACGGAUUACCAUGGAUCAACACCGUUACAUCUAGGCUGUCAGAGAGGGCAUCAAGAUGUCACAUUACUACUGCUUGCUAAAGGAUCUCUUGUUAGUAUAGAAGACAACGAUGGCAAUAGACCAUUGCAUCUAUGCUGUGCUAAUGGGCAUGAAGAGUGUGUGAAAGCAUUGCUCUACUCUACCAGACCCUCCCAGAGAGUGUCUAUCAACGCAACCAAUACCAGAGGAGACACAGCACUGCAUCUAGCAUCCAGAUGGGGAUAUGCCAACAUCGUAUCACUCCUGAUAGACCAUGGUGCAUCCGUGGAAGCAAGGAAUAGAAGACAGGAAACGGCUCUCAUGUGCUCUCAUAAUAUCAACAUCUCACGGACCAUUCUAUUCAGUACGCAGGAUGAGAGCGACCAGGGAUCAAUGUCAUCAUAUGCAACCAGUCCUCCUAUAGCAAGCAUCCUAUCGACGUUAGGAGACGAAGACAACCAGGUGACCCCUAUCAAGGUCUCCAUCACAAAACUCACUAAGAAACUACAACCUGCCCAGAAAGAGGUUGAGAAGUUGCUUCGCAGUGUUGCCGACGGUGACAUCCUCAUGAUGAAGCAUCAUCUCGGUUGGCUUAGUGAUGACGACUAUGAUGACGAUGAUGAUGAAGAUAAUGACCAUAUCCCAUUAGAUUCUAAGUUGUGUCAUCCUCUAUGUCAGUGUUCUAAAUGUGCAAUGCUACAAAAACGUACCACAGUCAGUGCCAGUGGACUGAGCGUGAACUCACGCAACCAAGAAGGCUACACAGCUCUCCACGUGGCUGCCCUACACGGCCAUGAGGCCUUGGUGGACGUGUUGCUCCGUCGAGGGGCGAGUGUUAAUCAGAAGAACGGCAGCAGUCAGCAGUGUACACCCCUUCAUCUAGCUUGCCAGUGCAACCAUCCAAAGAUUGUAUCCAAACUCCUGCAGCAUGCGGCUAAGUGCAAUAUAAAGGAUGUGAGAGGGAACACCCCUCUCCAUUACUGCUGUCUCAACGGGCAUCUCGGACCAGCUGAGGCCCUCCUACAGCAUGGUGCAAACGUAAACCAAACCAACCAGAGGGGUAACACGCCCCUCCAUGAGGCAGCGAGGUUCAACUUUACACCCCUGGUCAAGUUAUUACUGGACAGUGGUCAGGCUAACCCUCAUUGCAGGAACAAAGCUCAACAGAUACCUCUGAGACUCACCCAGAAACGCAGUGACAUUGCCAGGAUGUUGAAAGCAGCCAUGAGACGAGACGAUGACCUAGAGUCUGUGACGUCGACGGAGACCAACACAUCAUCUGGUUCCUCCCAGACUGAUCCCCUAGAAUCUAUCCGGGAAACGGGACAAUUCUCUAACAACUCCGCUCCACCACCCCCUCUAACUCCUCCUCCUAGACCUCUCAAUAAUGAACAUGUACUACCGAGACCGCUCAGUGUCCACGACCUCUUCAACUAUUUCUGCGACACGGACCGGACCACCAUGCGUGCCUUAAACCAGUCCAUCAGGGAGUUUGAGCCCGCCCGUCAACUCAGACAUGUCGAGAUUGAAGACAAGCACCAGGAGAAUUGGAACCUCUAUCUAAAACAACAGCUUGAAAUCCAGCACUUUGAUCGAAGGAAGCUGAGACGAGCAAAGACUCAGGAUAAGAGUGGAUCAUUCUUCAAUAUGAUCAAAGAAGAACUUAGCAAUACUUCUCAUAUUGAGAACACAGACACGGACAGCGACUCGGAUCAUGUGAUGCCUGAAGCUCAAGAAGAUGACCAAGACCCAGGUUACCAUGGCAACUCGGUAGAGAGGAGAGGUGAUGGAACACCUACUGAAUUAGAUACAAUAGACAGGAACGGUGAUGGAUUACAUGGUGUCGUAGAUGCAAGUAAUAUUUCAAAGAGGUCUUCACAAUCCGAGGAUGUAGGUGCAUGUUUGGGAGAAGGAGGUCAUGAUGAAACCAAGGUACAUAAUCAAAUUAGUGAUUUAGAGGAAGAAAAUAAUAGUGCAUUGAUAUCUGAGACACUCUCCUCCGAUACCAACUCUGCCGUACCAUGGUCGGACGCUGAACACCGAAAGCUAGAAAACCAAAGUCAAAGCAACAAUUCAAACAGCAAUAGUGAAUCCAUAGGCACAUCCGUGACUCAAGAAGACAAUGUAUCAUCUAAUGGAGCAGUCUCUGUGAGUGCAAACACCCUCGAUUGUGGGUGUGUUCAGACUCGUGAUAGCCAUGAAGAUAACCAACGUGGAAGAGGAACUGUUCACGAUGAUGAUGCGUAUCAUAGCAACCAGGAUCGAGGGAGAGAGCAUCCUGGCGUAGGGUGUUUCAAGACGCCUCUGUCGGCGGACUCUGCCAUUAACAGAGUUUGCCAAGAUGAAGAAUAGUUGGGGUUUCCCCUCUUUUCGUACAUGUAUUUUCUUAUUUCAUAAAAGUAUUGGAAGUAUUUCCUGAUAGAGUAUCAUUGGAUUUCAAGUCAAUGUUACUGCUUUCUAGUCUAAUGUAUACCUCAUUGCAUGCUGCAGACUAUCGACCAUGGAUAGAAUUCUUUACUUUGUUUAUCAUAGCUUGAUUGAUUAUGAGGUGUAGAUUCAAGUGUACUUAUUCCUUCUAUUGAUGUUUGACGUAUUAUAUUAUACACCCAUAGACUUAUUCCCAUCCCCUCUCCCAUCCCUUCUCCCAUCCCCUCCCCCAUCCCCUCUCCCAUCCCCUCCCCCACCCCCUCUCCCAUCCUUUCUCAAUAACGAGUGGUGUAAAUCUCCUUCCAAUUUAUCAUAAAGUUUAUAGCUUGCUUUAUCCAGCUCUGAAAGAAUAUGAUCUUAAAUAUCUGGAAAAUUUUCUUUUUUGUUUCAGAGCAGUCAAGUGAUAUGCGAUAAUUUAUCCUGUGUUAUCAUUUAUAAGGAAAUAUUUAAAUUAACUUUAACUGUGUUUCAAGCAAUGCAUUGUACUUUCCUCAUCUGACACUAAUAUAAUCCAUUUGCAGUAUAUUGUUGUAAUUUGAAUUUGGCUGUUCAUAAAUUUGUUUUCAAUUGCAUGGCAAUUUUCUCAACAAAUGCAUAUGGUAUACCGAUCCAUUCACACUUUACAAAAUAUUAUAAUUCAGUAGUUCCGGAUGCAGGCACUAUUAAUUGCUUUGCUAGGUAACGCAUGGGUUCGAUUCAGAAUUAAUAUGAUUAUAGAUUUGAUGGGAUUGAAAAUUGCUGCAGCUGGUAGGUAAAUCAAGACUUUUGCUUUCAUCGAGAUUAAAUAAUUAAAAAACACAUGGCAAUAACAAAUAAACCAACCUCAAGGAUUGAUGUGUUUUCUGCUGGUACCCAUUUCAAGAGAACCGUUUCUGAUAUGCUGCCAAACAUUCCUUUCUUUUUCAAUUUAAAAAAAAGCAAUAAUCGUACCGAUAGCCACAGACAUAAAUUCACCCUUUAAAAAAAAAAGAUUAUAUAGCAAAUGAUGUGAAAUUCUUGUUUAGGUAAUGUAUACCUGCAUAACAUUUCCUGAUGCACACCUUUAUGCUAGCCUACAUAUUCCAUUAUAUUCUGAGUCUCUCUCUAUCCCAAAUAAUUGUACUUUUUCACCAGGUUGAUAAUAUAAUCACCACAGAGGAUUAUGUAAGUCAGCACAUGUAUUAAAUCUUCUUUAUCACAAAGUAACAAUUGAUUCUACUGUGCUACACAUCCUGAUGAGACUAAAACUACCUUUUUGAACUCCUGAGAAAUAAAAAUUGUCACACGAGUAAGACACAGAUUUGAUAUAAUGUCAUGAAUUACAACAUUUUUCUAUCCAUCAUUGCCCCAACAUAUCACAUUUUUAUGAAUCUAAUAUAAAAAAGGAUUUUUUUUCUUUCUUUAUUUGCUUUAAAAUACAAAGUAGUGGGCUCACCAUUUGGGUGUUUACCCAAUAUUGAAGUUUGAAGUUUAUUUAUUCCACAUUUUACGUCGAAAAACAGGUGUUGUCAAUCACCAUCAUUAGCCUCGACUUCUAUGCCUUAUGAAAUGCUCUGCAUUUUCCACUCAUCGCCCCACAUGGAAAAGUUAUUAUCUUUAAUAAAUUUCCCUCAACCAAAGACUCUCUGAGAGACGAGAGGGAAUUUCUUGAUGGGACUACGGUUUUCUGUGUGGUUAGACUUGUACACCCAUUAAUUGUAUUUCCUCCAAGUCUGGUGUCAGCAAAUUAUGACCUACUGCAUAUAGAAAUGUCUACCUAUCCCUUUAAGACAUGUCAUUGAAUUUUGUCAUGGAUUAAUAAUCAACCUUAUGUUCAUUGAUAUUAGAGAUUGAUAUUCAUUUAACCCUGAUUUUAUUUAUGUAAACAUUUGAUGAAAAAUCAACCUGGGAUUCCAUGGAUUGAAAAGUGGGCUACUUGAUAAACAAAUUUUGGGUUUAAGUGUACGAGAUGGAUUCUAUUUUUGCUUAUUUGCUUUUGUUUGUUUGUUAGUUUGUUUGUGUGUGUAUGUGUGUUCAUGUACUCUUUGCUGCCAGUUGAUAUUUCGGUGACCAUUGGUCCCCCAUGAUCCUCUUUUUCUUAUGUUAACUGAGAGCUGAGUUGACAAGAUAACCCCCUGUCCAGUGACCUGGCAGGGUGGUCUAAAUCCCUCCUGUACACUAUUAAUGAUGGGCUUUAAGCCAUUUCAUUCAUUAAUUACUUUUACUACAUGGUAUUAAACAGAUGAAUAGUCAGUCCUGUGCAAUACUUGUGGAAAUGCUGAAAUGCAGCUAGGUUAGAGCUAAAACAAUUUCCCUGUUUUCAGUAUAAUAAUCAUGAAAGAUUAGUUUACUAACAUCUGUGAAAGUAUUAUGCAAUACAUGCACUUCUGGUCAGUCAGUCAGUUUGAAAAGAAGAUGUUCCUUGCGCCUUGUUUAGAUUAUGUGUUUGUUUAAGAUCCUCUAGUGCAAACUAUUCUUUUUCAUUUUGAUUUAUAUACAUGUUUUUCUUUUUCUGAUUAUAGCACCGUUUUUCUUUUUCUGAUUAUAGCCCUGUUUUUUCUUUUUCUGAUUAUAGCCCUGCUUUUCUCUUCCUGUAUGCGAUGCAUUGAGCAUGUGCUUUGCUAUGGGCUAUGGCUGCAUAUCAGAUUGUUAUGCCUAACCUGAAAUAUAUAUUUUAUUUAUUCUCAAAGAUUAUCUAUAUUUUAGUUUGCAUUGCAUACAUAAGGGAUCUAAGUGUAAAGGUACUGUUAGGAAAGCUAAUAAACAUGUUAUUGCAGGAUACAUUCUUAUUUUAUGACUAAAUCAAAAUGCUUUAACACUACAGAAGAUCAAGAAAAAAUAUUAUUUCUUCCGAAAAUAAAGAUGACUUAUUUAUUUCAUAAACAGUUGAUAUACAGUGGUUUAUAAAAUCAGGAGUCAAUUUUAUUUGUGAUCAAUGGCUAUCAUGAAAGGACGUUCACUUUAGAGGUACUAUUUAACAGUUCAACAUAGUUAUGUAUUGAAUUAUUUAUCCAACUUAGAAUGUGAUAACAUCCCUUGGAAGUUUUAGAAAGAGAAAGUUGGAUAUUGAUUUUGAAAACAAAUAUUUAAGAACUCUUUCUAGCUGUACCAAAUUAUGUAGUUCUGAAUAUCUCUACUAGAAGAAUACUUUUUAAAGAAAUUCAAUACCAGUUCAACUGCUCAUAUAAUCUCGCUUUCUGUAAUCUCCCUUUUUAAAGAGAUUUUUCAUCCUUUUUUUUCUUCAAAUUUAGAGCGCACUUUUAACCAAUAACGAAAAUUGUACAUCGUUUAAAGUUUUAAAAAAUUCAGUUACUAUGAGACUUUCCGCUUUGGGCAUCCACAACAGAAAAGGGAUAUUUCUCAAAAUGGAAUAAACAAUUUUAGCCUCAUAUAUAUAUAUACAUGCACGCACAUCUGAAUCACAAGAUUUUGGUUUCGACUAAAGCCAAAUAUGACAUAGAAUAGAUGUUUUUGACACGACAAUUCGUCCAGUUAUAAGGUAAAUAUUUAAACAGUCAGCAAUAUAUUAAUGGUUCUAAUUGACUUUUUGAGGAUAUUUACAACGGACACCUUGUCUACCAUUCCCAUAAUGUACAUUUCAUUUUUUUUCUUCUUAAAGUUUGAAUAAAGUAUCUUUCUAAUAUA